CCCAUUUGCAAGAAACCUCGGAAGGGGAGAGUGCUUUGUGCUUGGAUCCUUCUCCCUGGUUUCCCAUAGCCAUGUGGUAGGCCAUUGUGAAAACAGGAUAUUGGGCUAGAUAGGCCAUUGGCCUGAUCCAACAGGCUCUCUGUAUAUUAUAUUCUCUCAGUCUAUAGACUUAUUGGCCUUGACAUCCCAGUUCCUAAUUGAAAGGUGACAUUUGUGGAGCAGGAGUAGGCACUAAAGGAGGAGAUACUUGUCUUUAUAGUGCUCUCUUCUGCAUGGCUGGCAGUGGUGCCAUGUGUUCAUGGCAGUGCUCAAUUUGUGGCCAGCCUCUAUAGCAUACAGAUGUAUGAGCUGCUUGGUUCAUUGUGAGCUCUCUUUGACAAAAAUCAUCAUUUUGAUUUAUUAUUUAGGCAUAUUUUAUUAUGAUGGAGCUUAGGGUGGGCUUAAAAAAGAAAUAUAUGCAAUAACCCAACAACAAUUUUGCAAAGGAAGGUAUAAAUGAAUGAAGCUUCACGGAUGAUGAGGGUUUUGAAUUUGGGGGUCUCUCUCUCUCUCUCCCCCCCCAGUCUAAACACAGCAGUUGAGCCACACUGUCUGCUCAUCCAUCGUAUCUCAGGGACCCAGUUCAGACACCUAGAACAUGUAAAAUGGCAGUUGCAGAAUAUAUAUUUUUCUCCUGGAAACUUGUGCAAGCCUGAGCAUCAUUCAGGAGUGGAAAACUCUUGUGAGACCUUUUGAUGGGCUUUCAUUUAUGAUGGCUAGCCUUUCAGUGGAAUGAGGAUUCAGGCAAGGUUGUUUGUCUUUCUUAGUUCUGCACAAGCACAUGGAAAGUGUGACAGUGGGAAAUAGACACAGAUUUUAGUGUUCUCAGUCUUGGCUUUCUUAUUCUUUCCAUUUUUAAAAAGAAGAAGAAGAGGAACAAAUUUAUAGUCCCUAAGGUUGAGAACAUGGCCUUGGAAGUGUCUAUUGUCCUGGGGACCCCUGCCUUAAAAUCUCAGCUCACAAAAUGGUCUUGGCCUCAGUUUGCCACCUGCAAAAUAGACAUGGGUAAUAUCUGAGUUGAUUCAAGGGGUGUUGAGUAUCUUGACUACUGGUACCUACUUAUUUUGGUCAAUGUCCUACUUCAUUGUAAAGAUGGGUAAUGAGCUACAUUUUUAAGAAUAUAUUUUGAAGGUACAAUAUUUUAAAUGAGACCUUUGGUGGAUAAAGGUGCAUAAAUAGGUGCAUGAAACAUAUUUGAGGUUUCAAAAGAGUAGUUAGUUCAUGAGGGGUGUGGACCUAUGUGUGUGGAAAGGGAAGGUGGAGAUAGAAAAUCAUUAAUGGAUUGGGAUAUUUGGGAUGAGUCCCUACUUUUUAAUGCAUCUGUAUUCAAGCCUUCUCUGAUGAUGAAUUAGCCCAGAGCUGCCUGAGGUUCUGCCAGUUAUGGACUGUGAUUCUUCUAGGUGUCUCCACCAUGCACGAGGAAGAGGAUGAAUCUGAAGCUACAUCCGUAUCUUCUGGAGACAGCAGCCCCCCUACCCCAUCAGCCCAAAGCCUUCCAGGCCCCCGAAGCAAAGAGCUGCAGGCGACAGUUGGGGAGCUGGUGGACGAUGGCGGAGAGGCUGGGCAGGAUCAGCUGAGCUCUUCGCUGGCUCCCAGCCCUGAGUGGCAUGAAUGCCCCGAAUGCGGCCGUGGCUUCGGCACCUCGCGCGCCCUGAAGGUGCACCGCAGCUACCACGAGGGGCGCAAGCGGCCACACAGCGGCUCCUCUUCCUCCAAACAGCCACCGCCUCUGAUCCUGCCCAGUAACCCCAACAACCAGGAAGGGCGAGCAGCCCCCACCUCUGGCCGGGGCCGAGUUUUUCACUACAUAUGUGCUGAGUGCGGCCUGGGCUUUGCCUCCCCGGCCACCCUGGAGGGCCAUCGCUGCGAACACGGCUGGUGCUGGAGCCCCCCGCCUGUUCCCCAUAACAAGCUCCCCCCCUCCCCCACCCUGAGGGAGGCCAACGGGGACCAGGACACAGAUGGGGCCGACGGACCGUACCACUGCACCGAGUGCCCGGGGGAGUUUGGCUUGGUGUCAGAACUUCAUGAGCACUACAUGCUCCAUGCCCGAGGAGAGCUGUAGAUCACAUCUUUUCUGCCCCUUCCCAAUCCCCCUCCCUAAUCUAAUCAGUGGCGCCUGCCAAGGGAUCUGCCUGGCCAGGACUCUGGGAGAGAAGUGAAGCCUCCUUCAUUUUUUGUUUUGUUUUUUGAGGUCCUCUUAAUUUCAUUCUAUUUUUCUAAAAUGAAUUUAGCAGGAGGGGAGGAGAGUUGGGAGGGUACGUGGUCACUCGGAACAAUCCCUCCUGCAUGCCCUGCCUCCUCAGAGUGAGUGUAGCAAACGCAGGAGCUCCCUGCCCACAUGCAGGGAAGGGAGCUGUUGCCUUCUCCCUUCCCCCAGAGAGAGGAGCUUUCUAUGGGUCUGGCGCCUGUAGGUCCUAGCUAAUUAUUCCCCAAAGGGAGCCCAUGUCAAUGGGCUUUUUGCAAUGAAAGCACUAAGCAGUAUUGGGCGUGUUGCUCAUUUUUAAACAAUUGAACCAGGAGAGGUUUUAUUCCAGGCCUAUCCCAAGGCUGAGGGAGGAGGAAGGGCUGGGUUAGAAUGGCAUGUCCUGUGCACGAGGGUCUUGCAUCCCUGCUGCCCACCCUCUUACUGUGUAGACAGUCCCCUCCCCAAUUUAGGUGCCCAUCCUCUCGCUUGUCACCAUUUUCGGCACCUGGGUGGUCCAUGCUGAACUGAAGCUGUGUUCUGUCUGUCUCUGUGUGUGCGUGUGCGUGUGUUUGGCUUUUUAAAGAGAGCGGCUUCUAGAGACGGCAUCCAUUCAGCAUCAAUCAUGAAUCUUAACAACCUCUCUUCACAGUAGCUGGGAGAGUCGGUUUAAUAAAAGUGAUUCUGUA